AUGAUGAAACGUUUAGCGUCUCAGUACCCUUCUAUGAAACUAGAAAUAACAUUUUUGACUGGAGAUUUUGCUCGUGGGGUGGCAUUGCAGCAUGGCAUGAAGAACUGCAGUAAUGACUCCCUUCUCCUUUUUAUUGAUAUCGAUAUGGCCAUCACAGAGACAUUUCUACAUCGAGUACGAGAGAACACAAUAUAUGGCAAGCAAGUGUAUUUUCCAGUUUAUUUCAGCCAGUUUGAUCCUGAAUCUAUUUGCUACAAACCAAAUUGUAAGAAGAACCAUUACUUAUUUGGCAAAGAUGACGGCUUUUGGAGAUAUUUCGGUUUUGGUAUGGUGUCCAUCUAUAAAAAAGACUUUCUGGAAGUGGGUGGGUAUGACACAAAAAUUGAAGGAUGGGGCAAAGAGGACAUAGAUUUCUAUGAACUAUGCCUCAGGUCUAACCUGACAGCAGUUCGGGCACCUGAUUUGUCACUUAUACACGUUUACCACCCAAAAUUCUGUUCACAUGAUUUGAAUGAUGAACAGUACCAAAUGUGUCUAGAUUCAAAAAGCGGUAUCUUUGGGUCUCUAUAUCAAGAGGCUAGGGCUAUCUACAGAUUACCAGAAAUAUUAAAUAAAUAUAAAUAA